AUGUGCAUUACAGCAGCUCACUAUGUCAACGACACCAGGUGGGGUGAGAUGCGCACGGGGUCAUCGGUCACCGCAGCGGUUCACUCAGGGAUGGCCGCCGCGAUUCCGAGCUCGUCGGUGACAGCUGCGAUUCCGAGUCGGGGUCCAGAUGCGCGCGGGCUCAGAUUGACAGAGUUGCCACGAGUUGCAGGAACGAGCAGUUUGGCGCCUCCUCCCCGCCGGCUGCUGCUAGGGUUGAGCAAGCGACGGCGAAGCAAGCGCGAGCGACUGGAUGCCAUUUUUGACCAGACUGGAUGCCUUCCCUGUCCAUCCAACGCUGUUAUUGUUUUCUCCUUCUCCUCCUCUGUUUGCUUUUCUUCGUGCCGCAGGAUGCGGAACGGACGGCAUCGGAGGUCCUACGUCCUCUGCAGUAGAAAGAGCCCCAAGUUAGAGGAUCUCAUUCCCCAGCCAGCUGCAUUAUGCCAUUACCCAUCGACGGUGGAAGAGGAAGCACGGGUCGGAGACGCCACGACCGUGGAGACGACGGUGAUUGCGCUCCACCAAGAGCAGACGUCGUGGAACCAGACCGAUGUACGUAUUAUCCACACCUGA